AUGCUCGAUUCGUGGCGCAGCGACAAAGCACCCCUGCUGUGGCACGUGGCCACGUUGCUCGGGGUGGUUCUAUUCUUUGGGCCAAAGCGACACCGGUUUCUGGCCCGAGAGCCGAGGACGAUGCCAGCGUUGAGGGAAUUGGUGGAACUAUGCAGCUUUUUGGACGUCACGGAUCUACACCAGGCCUUACUGGACCUCUUUGGUCCGGUGACCUUAGGCCGCCUAGCAGCUGCCAGCGGGCAGCUACACAAUCGCGUGCAGUGGAUGGUGCAGAGGCUCAAGACUCAUCGAGACGGCUUGAAGGAGGAUCUUUUCUUCUUCUGUGGCCGCUGUGCAAUGAAAACCAUCCAGGGCGGAGUUUUGCGCAAUGGCGCUUGGUCAACACCUCAGAUCCCGGGACGACCCACGCGGAAUCAGGGCUGGCUUCCGAGCCCGGAGCUGCCCACGCCGCGCUUCGCGGCGGCCGCCGCUGUGCUGGGCAAGGACAUUCUGGUCAUGGGCGGCUACGGCGGGAUGGACCUGGAUGUGACAGAAAAGUUUGAUCCGGUCACAAACCGAUGGAGCAGACCACCAGAACUCCAGCUUUCAUGUGCCAGAUCAGAGUCCCUGGGCUGUUUGGGUUGA